AUGGCGUGCCGCCCCUUCUUCACCGACCAGAAGAUGAACGCGCAGCUGGUGGCGCAAGUCUGGCGUUUCGGCGUGGUCUUGGAGGAGCCCAUGACGUGCGAGGCCGUGGCGGCGGUGGUACGGUCGCUCCUCGCCGGGGAUCAAGGCAUCCGGAUGUGGGAAAAGAUGCAAGAGAUGAGGGGCAUGGCGGCCAAUGCUUUCGCCGCCGAUGGCGGUAGCAGGAAGAACUUAGAUAAGCUUGUCAAGAUAGUAUGUCGACAACUGUAA